CGAAGUGAAUCAAGACGAUGGAAUGGCGGAAUUGGAAUUCCGAGCAGCGAGCGGAGACUCGUGGCCGAAGGAAGAAGGGACGCUCUCUCGGGGAGAAGCAAUUCGACUUUCCGGACGUCUGAAUCGUGUGAGUGCCAGCGGCCGAGAAUGAUCUCGUGUAGACUUCUGGCUUGUCAGGAUUCGAAGUCGAGCAAGUGUUCUUGUGAUGGAUUCGGUGCCUCCUCCUUCUUUAAGCGUCGUCGAACAAUGCGUCGAAGAGAGUGAUUGGAAUGGAGCGAUUGCUCAGACAAAAAGGAAAUCAGCGUUUGUUUGGAUGCAAGCGUCACCGUGGGUACCAUUUAGUGGAAUGCGGGGAAUUAAGGUUGUCGUAAUGGAUUUUCUGCAACCGCUUGUAUGGCGUUUGAUGUCCAUAUGCGUGCUCUGCCACCUUUUUUGCAUCCACCGAUCAUUUUAAGCGUCUGCUGAAAUAUCUCCUGUUCCAUAUCGUGCAAAAGAGAGAUGUGGACCUCUGUGUAGAGACAAAUUUGUAUAUGUUCGAACUGGAUACAAGAGAAAGAUGGCGAUUCUGACUCAUUUCUGCUUUGUAACAAAUCGCCUCUGUGCACAUGCUAGACUCACACAUGUCCAUAAUCCCCGUGCAGCUUCAUCCGCGCUGCAACAUCAGCUGCGCUUAUUUGAAGCCAGAUAUGGAGACAAUGUGGGCGUCCGUAGAUUCAACCCUUUCAUUAGGCCGCAAAACACUACUUGCUCCAGAACCGUCAGCCCGGCCCACCGCGCUCGUCUGACUCAACGGCGGCACAAAUUGAAAGCGCUGGAUCCCAUGCAAUCGGAAAGUUUUCUUGUUUUGAAUUUUGAAUCGUGACGUUAAAGUCAAAGCUCACCCUUUAGUUUUGGCUGUCAACGGUUCCCUAACCUGAAAGCAACAAUGUGGAGCAGCAAAUAGAAUCCACCGAACGGCAGGGAAAACCUCAACAGUAUGUCAGUCUUCCACGAACUCCCCUUCGGAUGAGGCCUCGAUUUUGGUUCCCUGGGCCUGAACAACUUGACCCCCCAGUCUUCUUGAUGGAGUUGUGACUGAAAGCUGGAACGUCAUAACUGAGAUUACUCAUCCUUUCGAACUGCACUCUGAGGUUUUUCUCUCCACCGACAGGGAUUGAAGUGGCUGAGGUUGUUGGGUUAAGAACGAUGUGAUAGUAUGUUGCAAACUACCUCAUUUCCGGCAAAUAACUGAUGGCCGACAGGGGGCACGUUUGUGACCACCCAUCUAUAAUGCAACCAACGGAUCCAAUUAACAAGGAUGCCCAGAUUUCAGAUGGGUCAUUGGCGCUGGUUACUCCCCUACCUCGGCGCGAAUUGACGCUAAUAUGGAUCAUACACUGCAGUCAAGGGUUUCAAACGACCAUGUUGUUCCCGAUGCUGGUUUUCAUGGUGGAAGCCUAUGGAGUUGCAGGGGAGCAAGGUCAUGAUCUGGGAUACUACGCCGGCCUUUUGGCUUCACUCUUCCCACUGGCGCAGUUUUGCUCUUCCAUGGUAUGGGGAAUAAUUUCAGACAGAACAGGCCGCAGGGUGUGGGUAGCGUUCGGGAAUGCAGUGAGCGCACUCUCUUCGCUGCUUUUGGGCCUCAGCCGAACAUACCGUUGCGCCUGCAUGGUGCGCUUUCUGGGCGGGCUGCUCAAUGGUUCCAUGACCAUCACCAAAUCCACGAUGGCAGAACUUUGUGAUGGAACAAACCAGGCUAAAGGCUACGGAAUUCUCAAUCUAGCAUGGGGAAUCGGAGCCAUAGGAGGACCGAUAGUAUCUGGCGUGUUGGCACAACCGUGUAUACAGUACGCAUCUCCAAACUGUCCACAGUUCCUGCAGACACACCCGUUCUUUCUUCCCUGUGUGAGUGCAACACUUUUCUCAUCAAUAGGGGUCAUUGCUGCCAUUCACCUCAAAGAGACAAACAAGCGUGUUAGGAACAAGAACACAACUUACAAGAAGAUUCCUCCACAAAAACUUGUGGUCAAUCCAGGAGACACGUCUAUCCAGCGGCAAAAGCCAGCUGAUGGGGAAACCCAGUUCAGAGAGAUGAGACACUUCAAGUCAUCAAGAUAUGAUGAGCACAUGAUGGACAUCAACCUUGAUGAGUGCUCAAGCAACAACACAACAGAGCAGAAGUUGAUCGUCCUCAUAUCGCCAAUAGAGGAGUCGAGGAAAGAAGAAUUUGGGAAAUCUGCGGCUGCUGUUCCCCUCAGCACUCUUCCAGCAGAACCGGUCGAGGAAGAACCUCCACAGCCUCCACAACCCCAAAACAAGCCUUCUUCGUCUACAUUGGAUCUCCUGAGAGAUCGAGAUGUACUCUUGUCAUCCUUUUGUUAUUCUAUGACCGGAUUGGUGUUUAUCAUUACCGAUGAACUAUUUCCAUUAUUCGGAGCAUCAUCCCAAGUUGAAGGUGGCCUAGGAUUCAGCUCCUCCAAAUUAGGAAUAGUUCUAGGCGAAGCAGGUUUGGCAUUGUGUCUCUACACCCUCAUUCUGUACCCCGUAGUUGCAAAACGCUGGGGACCUCUGUUCUGUUUUCGGUAUGGAAUACUAGGCUCGAUCUUAUGUUGGAUCUUAUUUCCGACAUGCUCGGUGCUGUCUGAAACCCCGACCCUGCAAUGGAUUCUACUCAUGUUUACAAUGGCUGUACGAAGCGCCGUGGCUUGCACAGCAUUCACGGGGGUCCUGAUCCUUGUGACAAAUUCUGCUUCGUCUGACAACGUUGGGGCGGUGACAGGACUGAGCCACAGCUUUUGUAGCUUCUUCCGUGCCAUCGGUCCAGCCAUUGGAGGUGUGAUUUGGUCUUUCUCUUCAACGAAGAAUUUCCCGUUUCACGAGUUCUUGGCGUGGCAGUUUGUAGUUCUUUUGUCUCUCUGUACGUUUGGCUUAUCAUACACUCUUCCCAAAACACUAGUCCGCCCAAAGGUAAAUAGGUGAAAUCUUCUGCAUUCACAGAGAGUUCUGUAAAACUAUAAAUGGAUUAAUAGAGUCUAGAGCCCAUUCACAUUCUUGCUUCUCUAGGAUGCUGUUAGCCAAUAAUAUACGCUGACUUGACCUCAGAUGGUUGACAACUAGGGAUGAAUGUCCAUGCUCAGUGCUAUUUCAUUUGUCUUCCAGAGAAUGUUAGAAUUUACCUUGUACACUCGAACAUGAUCAGUCGGAGGCUUGUACUCAGAUUAUAUCUAGCCACCAAAACUCUGAAUUGGAUGGCAUCUAGUGAUCCCAUCAUCAGAAGAGGAUCCUCCAUCAUGCUGUUCAA